AUGGAAACCGAGGGGACAACCUCUCAAACCGUUGAUAACAAUGUUCUUAGUACUAUCUUGGCUGGGAUUGAAGCUCUCAACCGAAGCAUGGAAAAGGUGCAAACGGAUGUGUCAUCGUUGAGUGAGAGGUUGGAUCAUAUGGAGAGUCGAAGGAACUUUUGUGCUUCUACUCUUCGACACCACUAUGUUUCCACAAACGUUGACGGCAGCAAUUUAAUACUCUCUGCAAAACAUUCUCUUGCGACCUCAGCUCAGCAACUUCCGCUGAUGUUAACCAAGUCCGUCUUAACUCGGUGCUGCAUUAUAUAUUGUUUUAUCCCGGGGUAUAUUUGUAAUAUAAUUGAAAGUGGUAUCUUCAUUCGCUACCUUGGGCGCUUGACUGGGUUUUCUCCAAGAAACAGGGCUACUGAUGACAGAAGAUCUAGUCUUUCUGAAGUUUACCAGAUUGGACAGUCUGUACGCACUAACGUUGUUGAUGUCAGCAGUGAAACAAGUCGAAUUACAGUUUCUUUGAAGCAGUAUUUUUGCUCUUCAACGGAUGCAUCCUUUAUUCAAGAAUACUUCCUUGUGGAGUCUAGUAAGUGGAAUCCCUGUGGAGACUGGCUCAAGUAUUCGCACAGCAGUACUUGAUGUUUCCAAGAUAGAAUGCCUGGUGGAUCUGUCUUUGAAGCCUGCUUUUGUGAAUAAAUCAAAGAAGGAGACCACUAACAGUCAAACCCAGAAG